UCAGUGUCUUCAAAAUCAUUAGGGUAUUGCUGUGUUUGUAGAUUCAGAGAAACUGGACGUUAUUCUACAUGUACCUCACAAGGCUCGGGUUGCGGUUUUGGUUCUGGGGAGGGUGAGCGCUUUCUCUUCCUCAUGCUGACUGCUCUUCUUUUAGGAGCCAUGCUUGAAGAUAUUGUAUGCAAAAUGUGCAACUUCUUUGAUGUCUUAUAACAACUGAAAGAAACUGUCAGAUUUUGCGUCUUUUAUACCUUUCCUUAAUCGUAAAGUUUAAGUAUGUACUCGUAAAGUAAUCGUGUCUUUACGUAAAGUGCCUGUAAUGACUCUGAACAAUCCGUAAAGCGAUUGUAACCCGACGUGAAUGAAAUCGUAAAUAUCACUUAGGCAUUCGUAAUAAUCCGUAAACAACUCGGAUUGUUACAAGUUAUUUACGGGUUAUUUACGGAAAAUGAAAUCCGUGGACAAUCGUGAAUUUUUUUGACAUGUCAAAAAAUUUGCCCCUACUUUCACGGAUCCUUACGAGUGUGUGCGAGUUGUGACGAGUUAUUAACGGAUACCGACGAGUGGUUUACGAAUGCUUGCGAUUGACUACGAGUCGGAGAUCCGUAAGGACACGUAAGAAAAAUCCGUGAGUGUGAAAGUGGUAUUACUACCGACCGAAAAGUACCUUUGGAUGAGACCACAGAAACCGAGGUCCCUUGUCACAGCAGGUGUGGUACGAUAAAGAUCCCCCCUGCUCAAAUGCCGUAAGCGCCGAGCAUAGGUCAAAAGUUUGCAGCCCUUCACCGGCAAUGGUGACGUCUCCAUGAUUGAAAUAUUCUCUUGAGGGACGUUAAACAAUAUACAAUCAAUCAUGCAGUUGUACAUAAGGAAUCUCGGAAUAUCCCUUCCAGUUACGCUGGUAUUCCAAAUGAACAUGUAAUCUUGAUAACCAACAGGAACCCAGUGCCUUAAUAUAACGUAUCAUCCCGGCAAGUUUGAUAAGAAUCCCAGUUGUGUUUAAAAAAAAUUUAUGCGAUCUCAAUCUUUCAGGUAAAUGUAAAUAAGCGAAUGAAUGGUCAGGUGACUAUAUCACUCUGUAACUCUACUGCGAGGAGAUAAUAAAGCCCGAAAGUUUGAAUUCCGCAUGAGGUAUAUUCAGAUUUCCAGCUGUUCACGAUUUCUAAGAGUGAAUAUAUAGGUCUUAAACACACGACACUAUCAAUGUAUGUAUUAGAAUCAAUGUGAUAAGAAAUAUGGUGGAGAAAUACCUGGUGCUAGUUUUCCUUGUGCACGUUUUAGGCACAUUUGGACUUCCCACCACUAAUCACACUUGUGUGCAUGAUAAGUUCAACUGUCAGGAUGGAACAUGCAUCCCUAUCAACUGGCGCUGUGAUGGCGAAAUGGAUUGUAAAUCUGAAAUAGAUGAAUAUGGCUGUGAUAAUAAAACGACCUGCAGCGGCGGUUCAUUCCAGUGCAGCAGUGGCGCUUGUGUCCCACACAGGUGGCGUUGUGAUGGGGAGGUUGACUGUCAAGACGGAUCGGAUGAGGAGAACUGCGUAUCUAUUGUACCAACAUCUACCACUCAAUCAACGAUGUCAUCUGCUUCAAUGAUGAUGACCUCAUCCAGUGAAAUUUCAAUUGCAACAACUAUGACUUCAGGACCUAGCAUAGAGGGUCCAGACCCAAGUUGUAAAGAUGGCCAGCUAAAUUGUCAGGUGCUCGUUGCCGACAUUGAUAUUUGUUCUAUGCCUGCUUCGGCACAAUUAUUAUGCGCAUCUACCUGCCACAUGUGUAGCGGAUCAUCUGGCUCACAGCACGUUACAAACACUCAAAGUAUGCAAACUAACCACGUCAAUCCAGGGUUUCCAACAGCCGCACCAACGUCAGCAACGAAAGCGACGACAACUGAAGGGAGUACGCAUGCUCCGUACACAGCACCACCUACAGACGAAACAGCUGGACCUGGUUGUGUCGACGUUGAAAAUAAUUGUGAUCAUCUGGUUAAAACCGUCAAUAUUUGCAAUGAUGGGGUUAAAGCCAGGUUUUUGUGCCAGAAAACGUGCAAUGUUUGUGAUGGUUUACAAAUUAUAGGUUAAAUUAAAGUCCGAAUUCAUGAGUA